AUCCUAUUUGUUGCAAUAUACUCUUGGCAGGACGUCUUUUUUAUUGAGGAGCAGCCUACCCAACCCCAAUCCCUUCUCGGUGUGAAAACACUGCGCCGCGCCAGUUCGCAGCCAGUCCCAGAAAGGAAAAUCUUCGGCUGGGUCCCGGACUUUACUUCUGAGGGCGUUUUAAGGCGACGCACCGCGAAAACCGAAUCAUAAAGGACGUUUAGAUACGAACAACCAAUCCGAUAUCUUACUACGCGAAAGUGUCACAUUCACCUACCAGCAAAUUAUUUUGCGAGGCAGAGGUGAAUAAAGAAGCGGAGCAGAUGAAGAUGUAAACAUUACCAUGCCCCAUCUCCAUCGCCACAACCACCUUCCUCCAGCUUCCUCUUCAUUGUAUCUGCUGCUGAGACGCAGAAUGCGUGGAAUAGGAAUCCAAUGUGAACGGGACGCGAGGAGACACUCGUGACAUUAGCUGUGGCAGUCACAUCAACUUCGAAGCGGCCUUCAGAGGAUACACGUUUAUUAGGAGCAAAGAAAUAAUGAAGUCUCAAGGAUAGCACGGGCCCAUGUGAGCGAAUGCAUCUGGCGGUAGUUUGGUGCUGAUAUGCGGGACUGCUGCUCCGGUUUCUGCGGCCAUGCUGCGGGCAUCGUCCGCGGAGUUCAACCCGACUUAAUGGCCUUUUAACCAAUAUGAUUUUAUCAGGCGAUUGUUACAUCAUUUAAUCAGUAAAACAUAUUUUGUAAAACAUAUCCCCGAGAAUACUGCAAUUUCGUGAGUCGUUUUGGGGACGUAUGAUCAAGGAGGACUGCGCGGACUAAGCUGAUCAUAUUUCACUUGGCUCGGACGUUGUUAUCCUAACAAAAAUGUCCAGAAAGGGAUCUCAAUACUAGUAGGCUAUGUUGUUCAAUUGUAUUACAAAAGUUGUAAGUAGCGUCCCGUGUCAAAGUGUAUUGUCUACUUUAGAUGUGUAUGCUUAUAGGCAAGCGUAGUACCAAAGAUUAUUGUGAGAUUGACUUUUUUUCAAAUUAGAAUUCAUGUUUUGGCAGUUGUUUCACCCAAAGAUAUUUGAAGUUUCCCAGCUUAGAACACUGCCAUUUAUUAACGGGCAGGGUGUUGUCCGACGUGUUGUCUGAAUUGUGUGGUGGGGCUAGAAACAGUGGUCCUGACCACUUCAAACGCCUCUUUAAAUUUCAUGUUUACUGCAAACACAGAUAUGGCCUAGCUGGGCAGCACUGCCUGACUUCCAGGGCAGGAGGGGAACAAGUCCAUCCUUUAAAGCAGGUUAUAGAACCCAAACAUGGGCACCAAGCAGACCAAAGGUGCUGGGGGCCAAGAGGCUGGGCCAAGCCCACAGCACGGGUUGAAACGGACACCGACCAAGGAGCGGGGGGACAUCUUUGCCUCCUUCAUGCUGAGAUCGGGAGACCGGCUGAGUCGUGGGGGGACCCCACCGCCCUACCAGCGCCGGAUAUGCAUGAUCCAGGACAUGAUGCUGAUGGCCAAGCAAGGCAAGCAGGACGAGGCCACCGAGAUGCUGAAGACCCUCCGGCAGGACCUGGGCAUGGAGUCCACGUCUCUGGACGAUGUGCUGUAUCGCUAUGCCAGCUUCAGGAACCUGGUGGACCCCAUCACCCACGACCUGAUCAUCAGCCUGGCCCGAUACAUCCACUGUCCCAGGACUGGACCGGGGGAGGAUUCUCUGGGCGCCAUGGAGAAGGUGUGUCGUCAGCUGACCUAUCACCUGAGCCCUCACUCACAGUGGAGACGGCAGGGCAUACUGAAGAGGAAGCCACAGGCAUGUCUCAAGGUGAUGCUGUCUGCUCCUCCAGCCAACGGGAUGCUGGAUCUGUCCGGGAUCCCUCUGACAGUGCGUGACAUGGAGCGGCUGUGUAGCUACCUGCAGCGUCACGCACCCAUCACAUGCAGCCUGGAGCUGGGCUUCACAGAGCUCACCGACGACGCAUUUCUCCUGCUCCUGCCCACAUUGGCCGCCCUGCCCCGCCUGGAAACCCUGGCCCUCAACGGCAACCGGCUGACCCGUUCCGUCCUCAAGGAGCUGACAGACAGCCUGAAGGACCCGGCCAGCUUCCCCAGUGUCACUUGGAUCGACUUGGGCAACAACGUGGACAUCUUCUCCCUGCCCCAGCCCUUCCUGAUGAGCCUGAGGAAACGCUGUCCCAAGCAGGGCAACCUGCCCACAAUCCUGGAGUUUGGCGAGAGCCAAGCCAGCGAGCCCGAAGGCAGGGGAGGGGAGGAUGAAGAGGACGAUGACAGAGACGACACCAACCGGACAGAGAGCAUGGGGGAGCUAAGGUCGGAGGGCGAGAUGGAUGGAGAGACGGAGAUCGAGGAGAUGAUGGAGGAAUUACUGGACUUUGACCUAGAGGUGCAAGGGAAGGAGGAGGAGAUGGAGGAGGAUAGCAUGUGGACGAUGGAGGAGAAGGGGAUGGGAGGAGAGAGAAGGGAAGAUACUAUGGGACAGGGCAGGAGGAAGGAGGCGGGGAAGGCAGAGCUAGAAGAGGAAGACACUCAGAGCCAGUCCUCCCAUGUGUCUUGCUCCAGCCAAUCACAGAGUCCCCCGGUGGAGCUGAUAAAGACGGUAAAAGAGGAGAGGUCUGAUCACUCAGACCACCUGACAUGAGUAAGACCCCCUGUUACAGUUUGGUCGUAACCCCCCCCCACACACACACACAGGAUUAGUCUUGUUUAGAAUGAAAAGAAGACAUUCCCAGAAGACAGUGAAUGUUUCUAUAAUCCAGAAAUGUUUUUUCUGGGUGGAACAUGUAAUGGAGGGUCUCUGCCUUUGGAAAAACCAAUUAACCAAAUGAACUGUUUGCACGCAGAUGCACAUUUAAGGGAGACGGCAAUUCAUGUUGAUAGAGGAUGUUUGGGACUAAUAACUCUAAUUGUUGUUUAAUUUUCAAUUACUAUUAUAAUCCUCUGUAGUAAAGAGUAAAAGAUAUCUUAUCGGAUAUUAUAUAUAAGCAUAUUCUAAUGUACAUGUGAGUAUGUCAAAUCUGGCAUGUAUGAGAUGUUUUAUUCAGGGUUUACUUCCUGCUAAUCCUGUCCGAUUGAUGGACAAUUGCCUAUGUGCCUGUCAUCCCUGGUGGAGAGUCUGUGUGUGUCAGAGGGAGAAAGGUAGCAAGAGAGAACGACAGACGGAUAUACAGGCCGACAGGUAGAUGGGGGGUGGCAGAAUGCUUAGUGAUCAAGAGCCUUGGGCCAGAAACUGAGCCGACAAGCUAAAACAAAUCUGCUGUUGUGCCUUUCAGCAAGGCACCUGACCCUACUUAAUCCUGAAAUUAGCUCUAUAGAAGAGUGCCCGGCAAGAUGACUAAAAUGAAACAAAUUUAGGCAGACAGAAAGUAGUGCGAUGAGUAGGCGCACACAACUGGAUGUAAAAUUAGAGGAACUUUGUUCAUCCUGGUUUCCUAUAAAUACUGAUUUGGAAAAAUUCUCUGCUGAUUCAAAAUGUCCUGCACUACAGCAGUGUCAAUCCAAAAAGAAAUGUUGAUCGUAGCAUACUGACAAUGGCAGACAGUGGACUUUCCUAGAGGGCGCUGUGGCUCAGCACUUUCUGGAGCGGGUGGUACACUGCUAAGACAACUAAGAGGUGCUGUGGCGAGGUAUUUACCAUCAUUGCUGAUUGGGCAUCAUGAAAUUGGGUGGUGACAUUUUUUGGGGGACGUUCCUGGACUUUUGCAACACCGGGAGACUGUGUGUGAACUUGUCUUGUCCUUUCUGAUGUCACAGUGUGUUUGUCUCUUAAUCCCUCUGACAAGCGCUCUCUUCAUCAGUCAUACUACCCUGUGUUGAUGCAAAUGCAUGCUCCAGUUUUCCCUGCUAUGUGAAUGCGCACUGAAAGUACCUUGAAACAAGUGCUAUUGGCAGAGACAAACAUGAAUGGAAAACCGAAAUGUGAACGACUGUGAGGUGGGUCAAAUGUGAACGUGGACAGAUGCUAACUGUAAGCCCAGUGGUUGUAAAGGACCUUAGGGAGGAGUCUGUUCCUGUGCGUGAAACCUGUGUUGUUUGUAGGCCACGAAGAAGGCCUUGUGAGCUAUGGCGACAGUUGUAGUUAACAGAGUAAUUCAAUAUCUUAGUUAUUAAGUAGUACAGACCAAAGUGCUGAAUAACACCUUAUAUUUAGUAGCCUCGCCCUUUAUUCACGCAACCAUUUAGAGGUCUUACUUAGCGCCGUUGUAUCGGAACGUUUAUAGUAUUUCAUUGAAUGGUUACAGAAAUCCCAUCGAACAUGGACCUUCUUCAGGCUGAAGCUAUUGGACAUUCCAUAAUUCUUAGUCAAUAUGUACCACCUACAGAGCAUAAUGUUUUUCCAUUUGUACGGUCUAGUAAAACCCUUUAAAAAUUAGGAUUAUGUGCUUAACCCUCAUUAUUAGCUGUGUAAAUGAGGUUCCUUUGGGCCUUUAAGGGCCGUAACACAGGGUUGUAUAUCACCUAAGCUGGGGGUAGAAAUCAGGGGCGGAGCUUGGCUUUCACUCCCUUGGGUGUCACUCUCAUCCCCUUUGACUCUUCCGUGCUGCUGCUGUCAUUGUAACGUUAGGUCUGUCAAUCUUCUCAUACUGAUGCUGCUCAAAAACCUCACAGAAGAUGUUGGUCAAGGGCACAUGUUCUAAUUAUUUUUUAUAAUGUCUUGCUUUUCUUUCCUCUUCCAUUUUCAUGUUUUAUUUUAGCUGGCUAUGUUCCACAGCUCAGAUCUUAAGCGAACUAGCCAGCAAGAUCUGAAGUAACGCUCCGCGGUCACAGAUUGGGCGAUCCUAAAAAUGCAUUGUGGAACCAUGAAAUCAAUGCAGAUGUAAAUCACUUGAAUGUCAACAUAAGUAUUCUCUUAACUAAAUAGUAUAUAGCAACUAAACAAAAACAAAUGUAAUAUUUUUGUUAUUCUUCUU